AGAGGGCGCUGUAUUUUUACAAAAUGGCUACUCUAUCUGGGUCGUUUGUUAGUCGUCAGUGUAAAAUGAAUUAUAUAUUACUAUCUGAUGUAAUGAAAUAUGCUACUUGUAGCAGUUCAUCGAGAAAUUUUAUAGAAGGAGAACAAGUAUUACUAGCAGGACACGUCAUUUUAUGUGGUAUUGUCGAGAAAAACGAGCAAGAUCGUGCUGUACAUUUUUGUGCUCUUUGUCUGCAAACAUCAGCAUUGACUUCUAUCCCACACAAAAUUACUGGAAUUUUAAAGUUUAUCGACAUAUCAUAUAAAAUUGACAGCGUAACUUGUUCCUGUAAAGCUGGACAAUCGGGAAAAUGCAAACAUUGCUUGGCAGUAUUACUCUAUCUUAACAGAAAUAACAUAGAAGGACUUGAGAAAUUAUCUAAGACAGACUUGGAAUGUUCUUGGAACAGAUUAAAAGAAAAUGUCCAUUCUAAUUACGAAAUAAUACCAAUAAAGAAAUUUUGCCAUACUGGAUCUAAUAUUAGCAGACUAGCUUUAAAUAUUGAUCCCGAAAAAUGCUUAAACAUUUUAACAGAAGUUACACCAAAUUCUUCACUAACAAAACAUAUGAAAGGACGGAAAAGCCUUGCAUCAUUAUCAGAAAUAAAGAGAGAUAUCAACAGAGUUAANGCUGUAUUUUUACAAAAUGGCUACUCUAUCUGGGUCGUUUCUGGACAAUCGGGAAAAUGCAAACAUUGCUUUGCUGUAUUACUGUAUUCUAACAGCGUAACUUGUUCCUGUAAAGCUGGACAAUCGGGAAAAUGCAAACAUUGCUUGGCAGUAUUACUCUAUCUUAACAGAAAUAACAUAGAAGGACUUGAGAAAUUAUCUAAGACAGACUUGGAAUGUUCUUGGAACAGAUUAAAAGAAAAUGUCCAUUCUAAUUACGAAAUAAUACCAAUAAAGAAAUUUUGCCAUACUGGAUCUAAUAUUAGCAGACUAGCUUUAAAUAUUGAUCCCGAAAAAUGCUUAAACAUUUUAACAGAAGUUACACCAAAUUCUUCACUAACAAAACAUAUGAAAGGACGGAAAAGCCUUGCAUCAUUAUCAGAAAUAAAGAGAGAUAUCAACAGACGCAAUAUUUUUGGGGGGAAUGAAAAUACAGCAUAUGGCCUCUUGCAUGAAAAUGAUGCAAGAGAAUUGUAUUCUUCACAUUCUGGCAAGAGAAUUGUAGAAUUUGGCCUGAUUAUUUCACCAGCUUUGCCAUGGUUAGGAUAUACUCCUGAUGGAAUAAUAAUAAAACAAAAUAUUCCAACUUCUCUUUUAGAAAUAAAGUGCCCAGUAAAGGGAAGGAAUGAACCUAUUCAAGCCUUAAUUCAAAAGAAUGCAUUGAAAUUUAUUACAAUUAAUGGUGAAAAUGUUGAAUUAAGAAAGAGACAUAAAUAUUAUGGUCAGGUUCAGCUAGGGUUACUAAUAACUAAUUUGCCAGUGUGUGAUUUUGUUAUAUAUUCAUCAUUUGAUAAUUCAUUUAUUUCUUUUGAAGUAAAAAAAGAUGAUGAAUUUUUAAAUAAAUUUAUUUCAAUAUUAAAAGAAGUAUAUUUUAAUAAAAUGCUUCCAUUUUUAGUUAAUGAAAGUAAUGAGUAGAUUAAAAGUAUAUAAACAUUUAAAAAGUUUUUUCUUUUCUAAUACAUAAUGCUUGUUUAACAUGGAUGUUCUAAUUGAAAGAUUAUCUUGUAAAUAUCUUAUUAAAUGAAAAUUGUAAAAAAAUCUUGUGUAUGAAUAUCUUAUUAAAUGACAACUGUAAAAAUCUUGUGUGUGAUAAUGUAUUAAAAAUAUAAACAAUUACACAAUU